CUCUGCCUGACUCACACCUACACUCGCACCGAGAAACCUUUUGUGGAAGAUACCGCAUUUCCAAUCCUCCACUGACAAUGCAUCUAUUAUAGGCAGUCCGAGUCGGGAAUAUCCCGAUGAUCUUUGCGGGGCCACUUUCUGGCUGUAUCCGCCGCAAAGUCUGCGAUCACGACAGUGAGACUCCACUCUUUUCUACAUGGUCCCCCAACCUAUUUCCUUAAAGAGGUUCUGUCGGAUCCUUCUAUUUCGUUGCAAUCUUUCCCUCUCUUCUUUUCCCUCCCCGUCAGUCUCAGACAAGACUUUCUGCAGAAGCUAUUAGACCGCCGUGAUGACUCCGGUCUCGGACCCCGGCCGUGCCGCUCCCGCUCCCGCUCCGGUACCUGUUCCAGUACGGACCAAUUCUCGGAGCAGCGACAGUGAUGGAAGUGUCGUUGAUCCAGCAGAAUUUGAAAACCUUUCGAGAUCUUUGACGACUGGUGCUCACUUCCUGCAGCCUGAAUCGUUAGAGAGUGCAAUGCUAAGGCCUUCUUCUUAUAAGGCUAGCCAUUACCUUCACGAUGAGGAGCAGGAGGGAGUGAUCAGUGAGGCUGAAGGUGAAGAUGAGAGCGAGAUCCCCGAGGACUCGGAUAAUGUGCGUCCCCAUGAAGAAACUCCUCUUAUAAGCCACAGUCGACGCCAUUCCAUCAUAGCAAGAUCAACAACUUCUGCUGUGACGGAGAUAGACACACCGUUUCUCAAUAACACAUCUCCAACACGCUUCUGGUUCAUCUUCUCCCAGAUUCUGACAGCAUACUUCAUAUCCUGCUUCGAUGGUACAAUCAUGGCUUCAUCACAUCCUGUCAUUACAUCAUACUUUAACGCCUCAAACUCCGCAUCGUGGCUUUCCACGGCUUUCCUCCUCACUUCAUCCGCCUUCCAACCUUUACUGGGCCGGCUCUCUGAUGCCCUAGGCCGAAAGCCGCUUUUUGUUGGAGCCCUGGGCAUCUUCGCAGCCGCAACGACAUGGUGUGCUCUUGCAAACAGUAUCGAGAGUUUUAUUCUCGGACGAGCCUUUUGUGGAAUCGGCGCUGGUGGUGUCAUGACCAUUGGUUCGAUAAUUGUGUCAGACCUUGUCCCCAUUGAAAACCGUGGCGUGUAUCAGUCAUACAUCAACAUGAACUAUGGUGUUGGUUCAAGUCUGGGUGCCGCUGCAGGAGGCGCAAUGGCUGAUUAUCUUGGCUGGAGAUGGGAGUUUGGGGUUCAGAUUCCGCCACUAUUGAUUUGCAUGGUUGUCGCAUGGAUUGCCAUCCCUGACGAUCUGGGUAUUCAGGGCGAGAGGAAGGGGGUGUGGCAGGCUCUUAAAGAAUUCGACAUCAGGGGCUCGUUACUCUUGACUACUGCCAUUACAUUUGUGAUUCUGGGCCUGAAUCUUGGAGGCAACGUCCUCCCAUGGUCACACCCCUUUGUUAUUGCAAGUCUUGUAAUAUUCGCCAUCACUUUCCCCGUGUUCCUAUGGGUUGAGUCCUGGGUCCAUAAACCGAUCAUGCCCCUUCAUCUAUUGAGCCGACAGCCUCGUGGAAACCUGAUUUUUUCAAAUGUCAUUGCUGCUAUUGUCGCCAACUCAAUUCUGUUCAACAUCCCACUAUAUUUUCAGGCUGUCCUCCUCACAUCUGCCACCUCUUCUGGUCUCCGCCUCAUUAUUCCGACAAUCGCUGCCUCUUCGACCGGUACUUUCGUUGGUUUUGCCGUGACUUGGACUGGCCGCUUGAAGUGGCCGGUCUUAAGUGGUACGAUUUGCAUACUCAUCGGCACCAUAGGCCUGGUUUUCCUCCAGCGUGACCUCCCAUCUUGGGUUUAUCUCUUCAUCCUUCUACCUUCAUCGAUUGGGCAGGGAUUCCAAUUCCCGGGAACAUUCAUGGCGAUAUUGGCUGCGUCUCCUCAAGCCGAGCAAGCUGUUGUGACAUCUACGCUCAUGCUGUGGCGAAGUCUUGGUCAGGUACUUGGCGUUGCAAGUAGCUCGCUUGUUGUUCAGAACGCUUUGCUCCAUUAUCUCAGACAGUACGUCACAGGAGAAGGUCGUGAUGAGAUUAUUCGUCGUGUGAGAGAAUCGGUUGAGGAGGUGGCCAAGCUUGAGCCCAAGUACCGAGAGCAGGUCAUCGUGAGUUAUGAAGCUGCGCUGCGGCUCACAUUCGUCACUUGUGCCGUGUUUGCAUUUGCCUCCGUGGUGAUGAUCUGGCCGAUCAAGCUUCCCCGUCUUGGCGUGAGAAAGCACAAAUAAACUCGAGAACAUGGAUUAAGUCAAGAUGAAUCAAAAGGAUAAACGGACAAGAUAGUAAGUAUACAAGCGUAAUGCCUAGCGGAAAGAUUGUUAGAUUAGACCCAGAUAUGCUAGCCUCGAUUGAGCCCCUAUUUAUACACCAUUAAUAACACAUCAAUCAAUGAACCCCGUUAACUCCAGAUGCUAUGAGCGCG